AUGAAUUCUGAUGGCGAUACUAGUAACAGAACGCCUGGUGAAGAUGAAAAUGUAGCCCGUGGAGGAGGUGUCGAGUACACUGUUGAGUAUUUCGAACAGUUGGGAAAUCGAGCUCCGCGUGCAACUCGAGUACAGUGGAUGGCUGAGCAUGAGCCGCGCCGCUCUCGCCAUCUCCCACUACGAAUCAACUGGGAUACUGCUGUUGUUCUUCCUCCAACUAGUCGCAAUACUUUUGACCUUGGUACAAUGAGCGAUGAUACGCGUUCAUCUCCUGCUGAGCCGGCGUGGUACUCCCCUCGCCCAAUUUCGCGUGUACGCCCUUUUACUUGGCGUAAUACUCUCCCAGAACGUACAACACCAUCUGCUUGUUCUGGAAGUAUGUUUGCUUCGGUCGAGUCAUUCCUAGACGAGCGUUACGUUGGUCUAAGAUACAGACGCGAGAUCGCUCAGCCGCCUGGAUAUGAGUCGGCUCCUUUUCUGAUAUACGAAGAUACACCUGAAAAUUUGAAUCUCCACCUUGCUGAGAGCGGUGAUAAUGCCACUGGCAUUGAGAACUUGGCUCAGACUCGUACCCCAGGCAUCAUAGGUGAUGUAGACUUUGACGCAGCCAAUCUCGCCGAGGAGCAAGUUUCUCCUCGAGAGAGUGUCAGUUUGCGUCAAACUCAGGCCGAAUCCCGACGACUCAAUGCCAGAUUCGAAGACUUUUAUCAAUAG